UCGGACGGUUCAGAAUCAUUCAUCCUCGCCGAAACCCAAAACCCCAAGGCCGAAACCCUCUCCCGUCUCCCGUAGGCUGAAUCGUGAUCUUCAGCUAGCGAGGUAGAGAGAGAUGCAGAAACUAAGCGCUUUGAGGAAAGCGAGAGAGUCUUUUCAAUGGGUCCGAUCCAUUUCUCAUGGACGAAGCUUCUCUGCUCUGCCAAACUAUGCUCCCUCAACCGCAGAUGUCGAAGAACAGGUACUUGUGGAGGGAAGAGCUAAGACGCGAGCUGCUAUUCUCAAUAGAUCCUCUUCUCUCAAUGCUCUCACUGCUCCUAUGGUUGUGCGGUUAAAGAAGCUAUAUGAAUCAUGGGAAGAAAACCCAGCUAUUUCAUUUGUAUUGAUGAAGGGUAAUGGCAGAGCUUUCUGUUCCGGUGCAGAUGUUCUCGCACUUUAUCAUUCGAUCAAUGAAGGGAAUGCUGAAGAAUGUAAACAUUUUUUUGAGAACUUGUACAAGUUUGCAUACCUCCAAGGAACUUAUUUAAAGCCACUUGUGGCUAUAAUAGAUGGUAUUACAAUGGGUUGUGGUGGUGGGGUUUCACUUCCAGGGAUGUUUCGUGUUGCAACAGAUAAAACCGUUUUGUCUCAUCCUGAGGUCCAAAUGGGUUUUCAUCCUGAUGCCGGAGCUUCCUAUUAUCUUUCCCGACUUCCUGGUUACCUAGGGGAAUACUUGGCUCUAACUGGAGAGAAGCUUAAUGGUGUUGAAAUGAUUGCUUGUGGGCUAGCAACGCACUAUUGCUUAAAUGAGAGACUCGCCUUAAUGGAGGAGCGGAUUGCUAACCUGAUGAAUGAUGAUCCUUCUGUCAUUAAGGAGUCUCUUGCUCAAUAUGGUGACAUUGUUUAUCCGGACAGAAGCAGUAUCCUUCACAAGAUCGAGGUGAUUGAUAAAUGUUUUGGCCUUGACACUGUUGAGGAAAUCAUCGAGGCCCUGGAAAACGAGGCUGUCACUUCCAGCAAUGAAUGGUGCAAAAGAACUCUUAGACAAAUAAAAGAGGCUUCACCAUUGAGCUUAAAGAUUACACUACAAUCCAUACGAGAAGGUAGAUUCCAAACUCUUGAUCAGUGUCUUGUGCGUGAGUACCGUAUGUCUCUUUGCGGAAUCUCGAAGGUGGUCUCUGGUGAUUUCUGUGAGGGUAUCCGAGCUCGGAUGGUAGACAUGGAUUUUGCUCCAAAGUGGGAUCCUCCUCGUCUAGAAGACGUGAGCGAAGACAUGGUGGAAUGCUACUUCUCCCCAGCCGGGGAUUCUGAUGAUUCCGAGCUGAAGCUUCCGACCGCCCAAAGAGAACCUUACGUCUGACAAAUAACUUCAGUUUUUGCAGGUUCAGUUCUAGCCCUUCAAGACAUAAAAUUGCUGCUCUUGAUCUCUGUUUUUUUGGAAUGCGGAAGAUUUUUUUUUUUUGGUCAUGACUGGGAGUGAGGGUCUGCUUGGAAACAGGUCAAUUCAUAAACUUUAACAUGUUCCAUCCUU